AUGGGGGUCUGUGCUGUCGAGAUUGACACCAACAUCUCAUCUGGCCCUGAGAUCAACACCACGGGCAUCACAGCCUUUUCCAUGCCUGGCUGGCAACUGGCACUGUGGGCCAUAGCCUACCUGGCCCUGGUGCUGGUGGCCGUGACUGGCAAUGCCACGGUCAUCUGGAUCAUCCUGGCCCAUCAGAGGAUGCGCACUGUCACCAACUACUUCAUCGUCAACCUGGCCCUGGCCGACCUCUGCAUGGCCGCCUUCAACGCUGCCUUCAACUUUGUCUACGCCAGCCACAACAUCUGGUACUUUGGGCGUGCCUUCUGCUACUUCCAGAACCUCUUCCCCAUCACGGCCAUGUUUGUCAGCAUCUACUCUAUGACCGCCAUCGCCGCCGACAGGUACAUCGCCAUUGUCCACCCCUUCCAGCCACGGCUCUCAGCCCCUGGCACCAAAGCAGUUAUUGCUGGCAUCUGGCUGGUGGCUCUGGCCCUUGCCUUCCCCCAGUGCUUCUACUCCACCAUCACCACGGAACAGGGGGCCACCAAGUGCAUUGUGGCCUGGCCCGAAGACAGCAGGGGCAUGAAGCACCUCCUGUACCACCUCACAGUGAUUGCCCUCAUCUACUUCCUGCCCCUGGUGGUGAUGUUCCUCGCUUACAGCAUCAUCGGCCUCACGCUGUGGAGGCGCGCGGUCCCCGGGCAUCAGGAGCAGGACGCCAACCUGCGCCACCUGCAGUCCAGGAAGAUUGUGAAGACCAUGGUGCUGGUGGUGGUGACGUUUGCCAUCUGCUGGCUGCCCUACCACCUCUACUUCAUCCUGGGCAGCUUUCAGGAGGACAUCUACUGCCAUAAGUUCAUCCAGCAGGUCUACCUGGCACUCUUCUGGUUGGCUAUGAGCUCCACUAUGUACAAUCCCAUCAUCUAUUGCUGCCUCAACCACAGGUUUCGCUCUGGAUUCCGGCUUGCUUUCCGCUGCUGCCCAUGGGUCACGCCGACUGAGGAAGAUAAGCUUGAGCUGAAUCACACUCCAUCCUUCUCCGUGAGGGUCAACAGGUGUCAUACUAAAGAGACUUUGUUCAUGGUCCCUUCCGAGGCUACCAAUGGGUAGGCUGGGGUGCCCAAGAUGAGGUGCCCACUGAGCCCUGAAGCCCUGUGUCUGGCUGCAGGGUGAGGCUUAGCACCCAUUGAGAAGUAGCCAACUGAGAUCUGAAAGUUGGCCCAUUGCCCA